UGUUUUUAAAAAGGCAAGGCAGCUCUCAAGUUGAUCAGUCUGCUGAGAAAACUUGUGGUGGAGAAAGUACUGGAGUCCAAACUGAAGGGGAGAGAAGUUAAGAUUCUGUGCAAGGAAUUGCCUUGCGCUCCUGCAGAGGACAAUAUCUCGGGAGAAAUAGCACAUAUAUUUGAAAUUGUUCAUUUGAGCUCUUUUGCGCGGUGCACGGCGCAAAGCCUGUAAUGAAUGUUUUUUAAUAGAUAGCAACACUCUUGGAUAAAGACUGUUGGCUUUAGCUUUAAAAAUCGGAUUAUCUGACUGAGGCAUUGUGCUCAUUAGACCAGACUACUUUUUCCCCUCAUCUUCGCAUUUGAGGUUUAUGCUAUAACUGAAGAGAGCACCAACAAUGUUUCUGAGUUUUUGCCUCUUGGUGACAUUUAUCUUGGGGCUGUCCGGGUGCUUGGGCUCAUACGUGCCGUGCGAGCCUUGUGACCAGAAGGCGCUGUCCAUGUGCCCUCCGGUCCCGGUCGGCUGCCAGCUGGUCAAGGAGCCGGGCUGCGGCUGCUGCCUAACAUGCGCCCUGUCUGAGGGACAGGCGUGCGGCGUUUACACCGGGACGUGCACCCAGGGCCUCCGCUGCCUGCCGAGGAACGGGGAGGAGAAACCCCUGCAUGCCCUUCUCCACGGCAGGGGAGUAUGCACCAACGAGAAAGGAUACAAACCUGCUCACCCACCCAUAGAUCGUGAAUCUCAUGAGGAUGCCAUAACCACAGAGAUUACAGAGGAGCUGCAGCCAGCUAAAGUGCCACUGCUUCCCAAAGACAUUGUGAACACUAAAAAAGUCCACGCAAUACGCAAGGAGCAGAAGAGGAAGCUCGGCAAGCAGCGCUCCAUAGGCUCCCCCAUGGACUACUCCCCUCUGCCCAUUGACAAGCAUGAGCCUGAAUUUGGUCCAUGCAGGAGAAAACUGGAUGGGAUCAUUCAGGGAAUGAAAGACACAUCUCGUGUAAUGGCUUUGUCUUUGUACCUUCCCAACUGUGACAGAAAAGGAUUCUUCAAGCGCAAGCAGUGCAAGCCAUCUCGUGGACGCAAACGGGGCAUCUGCUGGUGUGUGGACAAGUAUGGAGUUCAGCUUCCUGGCACGGACUACAGCGGAGGGGACAUUCAAUGCAAAGACCUGGAAAGCAGCAACAACAAUGAGUGAUAAAGGGGCGGAUCACCCUCGACCCCGCACCCCCCACCCCCUAACCACCACGUGACCCAGGGCCCACGCCUCCUCUCUGAAUCACACCUGUAUGCUCUGCUCUCCGUUCACUUCAAGAGUUUUGUUUUUUCAAAUUGAAAACAAAAAACAACAGGCUGAUAAAAAAGACACCUGUAUAUUUUUUUUCUUUUCUGUUGUUGACCAAGCACUCACCUCCGAAUGAGGGGAAAACUCCCAGAAGAUUUACUCGAUCCCUUGACUGUUGCUCAUGGGACCCCUUCUAUGAGGCAGGUCCACUGGCUGCAGAUCCAUGAAAAUAUGUGCACUCAAUGGAUAUAUUUUUAUAGAAGCUGGGGGUUUCAAUGCAACACCUUGUAUGAUGUAAAAUUAACACAAAAUCAUUGUGAAGAAAAAAAAAGUAUCAGGCACAUUGAUUGAAAACAGAUCAGUUUUAGACUGUGGCACAUGACACCACUGUGGAACUGAUGAUUGGCAGUAAUUUGGUUUUUUUGUCUGUUUUCCAAAAGAAAAAAAAAAGAAACAAUAGAUAGGGAUAUGCUGUAACAGUUGACUCUAUCUGGGUAUGUGGUUCUGUCAGAGCACUUAUGAAUAGGGGAACCUGCUAAGAUAUGUGUAACUUCACAAAAUGAUGCGUGCAUGAAUGCGUGUAUGUGUACAGUGCAAGCGUGUGGUAUGUAUCAGAGUGCUUUGGUGUAUGAUGGAGUGAGCCAAUAGCAAAAACAGAAUGUCCUUUUUUUCUUCCUCUUUUGUUUGAUUUUGUCACAUUAAGUUUUGCUAGCGCUUGAAGUGGUCUUGAGACUGGCCUUCUCUAUAACUGAUGUAAUGUCUCGAGACAGCGUCUAGCGUCUGGAAACAAAAGAGUAAGCAGAUCGUCACAGAUGAACCUAUAUAAGUGGCUCUUCGACAAUGAAGCUAGCCUGAUAUGCCAACUGUGCCUACUUUAAACAGACACUGCCAUGCAGGGCGACACAGAGCUUAGAGAGCGCUGACUCUACCGACGAAAUAAAGUGUUUUCAGCUUAAGCGAUGGGACUCAAGUUUGACUUUGAUCUUUGGAGUUGAGUGCGUAAUCAAACUUGCCAGUCAGGCCAGUUGCUCCUCUGAUUCAGUUGUGUGAAGUGUAGUUUUGUAUGGUUUUGUUUGUGCUGUUUUCUUUGCCUUCAGUGAAGUAAAGACCGCCCACUUUUGAGCCAUGUUCUUUUAUCAAGUGGUUUCCCCUCAGUACUGCUACUACAGUGUAACCAUGGUGUAUUACAUUACUUUUAAAUAUAGUUAUUGAAUGUUGUUUUUUUUUCCUGUAGAAACAUAGUAUGACAACAAUGUAAUUGUGCUUGGGAAAAAAAAAAAUUUAGCCUGUAAAGAAUUUGAAUAGGUCCUCGUAGCCUGUCAGGAGAGUGACCCAGAGUCAACUGACGACAGGGCAGUCAAAGAAGCUAAACCUCUGAAACCCUACUGCUCACUUGCCUCCAUACAAAGAUCAUCUAUCGACAUCUAAAGGGAGCAUGAUCAAAACAAAAAUCUUACAAGGUUAUAACAGGGUUGCUUAGUUCUCUCUCUCUCUCUCUCUCUCUCUCUCUUGGUGUGCAAGUCACAGUGCCUUCCUACAUGCAAAUACAUUUAAAAAGUGACAUGAAAGUGACACGGGGCUAUUUCCUAUUGCAAACAGCCCCCUCAGCUGGGCCUGACAAUUCAUACAAUGAUCAAGAGGUCUCGGUUUAGUUAUUUUUAAGAGAAGAACGGUGAAUGGUAUGCUCGGUAAAUGGCAUCAGAAAUCCAUUUUUAAUCUCCGCCUGUACCUCGGGGCAAUUCUGGACAAGAAUGAUGAGUGAGGAGCUGCUGCGUAACUGCAGUUAGUUACAGCUCCCUCCUCUUGUUCUUUGACAACCAAUAAGCUACGAUUCUUGCUUUUCAUGUGAAUGCCAAUGUAUAUGAUUGCCAGAGAGGGGAAGCCAAAGGAUGUUUGGAGGUAAAUCAACUAUUUCCUUCACUGCAGCAAAAGAGAAACGAUAUGUGCAUCCUAAAUGGCUUCCAGUUGUGAAUAUAUUAUCAAGGCUCCUUGCCCCACUUCCAACACCAAUCCCCCACUACCACUUUUGAAAAAAAGCAGCUUGCACUUAUUUCAUUUACUUACUAUUGAUAUUGACACACAACGACGUCCUAAGAUGUGGUAUCAUGAAGUUAGUGGAACAAAAAAACAAAAAAACAAAAACAAAACAAAAAACAAACAAAAAAAAUAAACAGCCACAAAAGCUAAAUGUUGUGUUAUCUUGUGCUUACCUUUUAAAGGUGGUGCUUUGAGGUAAUAUAUGUCGACAGGGGCUGUGCAGCCCAUGCCUGGGACCUCCAAUACAGCAACAUCUUUUAGGGAAAGUAGAUUGCAAACAGUACGCAGCUAGAGAUGUUCUCAUGGCCAAUAGAUGGAGAUGAGAGUUGAGAUAGAAAGGGGGGAAAAAGAGACGAAGGAGAAAGGAAAGACGAAGAGCGAGCGCCAUGGACAGUGGUCACAUUAAGGGCCCAGCCACUUCCCCGAUAUGGGGUCACCAAUUGCAUGACAUUAGAUACAGUUAGCAAGACAGUUACCAGGAGACAUGGAAAUCUGGGGAAUGCAAUACUGGAACCAGGAGUGUGGAGAUGAUUUUAUACUCAUAAGUCAAAAAAAAAACAACAGUAUUUUUGACAUCUGGGAUCAUUCACCAUCUGGAUCAAUCAAGUGUGUGAAUACUUAAGUGUUCCAAGUUGCAGGACUGCAGGCUUUCUGCUAGUGUGAGCGAUGUCCUGUUCCCACACUUGUUUGCGAGUAGUAACUUCCUCAGGUUUCACAUCCCCUACUUGGUUUAAACUCAUAUUCACAUUUCAUACUUCAGUAGUACAGUAACUACAGUACAGCUUGUUUUCUGAGUACAUAACACUUUCUGGAUGUAAUGAGACAACACAAUUGGUUUUCAUAAUUUGGUGUUCACUAGCUUGUGAAAAUAGACCCAUCGGUGGCAGGAGGAUAGUGGGAAAUAAAAUGGUCAGUAUUUGGAACAACAUAAGACGAAUUUAAAAAAAAGACAAAAAAUCUCAAAUUAUUAAAGUGAAUAUCACUGUGUAAUAUUUAUUCAACUUGUAAUUUAUGUACUCUUUUAACCUUUGUCUUUUUUUUUUGUUAUGACAAAGCAUUUAUUUAAAUAAAGUUAUGUAUUCAUUUAA